AUGAGCCCCGGGCUGCUGCUGCUCGCCAGCGCCGUCCUGCUCGCCUUCGGCCUCUGCUGCACCUUCGUGCACCGCGCUCGCAGCCGCUACGAGCACAUCCCCGGGCCGCCGCGGCCCAGUUUCCUUCUAGGACACCUCCCAUACUUUUGGAAAAAGGACGAGGUUUGUGGCCGCACGCUCCAAGAUGUGUUUUUGGAUUGGACUAAGAAGUAUGGACCUGUCGUGCGGGUCAACGUCUUCCAUAAAACCUCAGUCAUCGUCACGAGUCCCGAGUCUGUCAAGAAAUUCCUGAUGUCCACCAAGUACAGCAAGGACUUCAAGAUGUACCGCGCAAUCCAGACUGUGUUUGGUGAGAGACUCUUCGGCCAGGGCCUGGUGUCAGAGUGCGACUACGAGCGCUGGCACAAGCAGCGCAGGGUCAUGGAUCUGGCCUUCAGCCGGAGCUCCUUGGUUAGCUUGAUGGAAACAUUCAACGAGAAGGCUGAGCAGCUGGUGGAGAUUCUGGAAGCCAAGGCAGAUGGGCAGACCCCAGUGUCCAUGCAGGACAUGCUGACCUGCACUGCCAUGGACAUCCUGGCCAAGGCAGCUUUCGGGAUGGAGACCAGUAUGCUGCUGGAUGCCCAGAAGCCCCUGCCCCGGGCAGUGAGAGUGAUGUUGGAGGGCAUCACCGCAUCACGCAACACCCUGGCAAAGUUUUUACCAGGGAGGCGGAAGCAGCUGCGCGAGAUUCGGGAGAGCAUCCGCUUUCUGCGCCAGGUUGGCAAGGACUGGGUCCAGCGCCGCCGGGAGGCCCUGAAGAGGGGCGAGGACGUCCCCGCGGACAUUCUCACACAGAUCCUCAAAGCUGAAGAGGAUGCCCAAGACGACGAGAUUCUGCUGGACAACUUCGUCACCUUCUUCAUUGCUGGUCACGAGACUUCCGCCAACCACCUGGCAUUCACAGUGAUGGAGCUGUCUCGCCAGCCAGAGAUUGUGGCAAGGCUGCAGGCUGAGGUGGAUGAGGUCGUGGGUUCUAAGCGGCACCUUGACUGUGAGGACCUGGGGAGACUGCAGUACCUCUCCCAGGUCCUCAAAGAGUCUCUGCGGCUGUACCCACCAGCCUGGGGCACCUUCCGCCGGCUGGAGGAGGAGACCUUGAUUGACGGGGUCAGAGUUCCCGGCAACACCCCGCUCCUGUUCAGCACCUACGUCAUGGGGCGGAUGGACACGUACUUUGAGGAUCCAUUGACUUUCAACCCUGAUCGUUUCAGCCCUGAAGCACCCAAGCCUCGGUUCACCUACUUCCCCUUCUCCCUUGGCCCCCGCUCCUGCAUCGGGCAGCAGUUUGCUCAGAUGGAGGUGAAGGUGGUCAUGGCCAAGCUGCUGCAGAGGCUCGAGUUCCACCUGGUGCCCGGCCAGCGCUUCGGGCUGCAGGAGCAGGCCACACUCAAGCCUCUGGACCCCGUGCUAUGCACCCUGCGGCCACGCGGCUGGCAGCCUGCACCCCCACCACCACCUUGCUGAGGGCGCCUGCCCUGGGGCUUCCGGCAGGAUCGGACUCCUGGGUGGGGGCUGCCGCCCUCCUCUGCCACCCCACCAUGCCCACCCCGCCACCCUGCCCCUGUCCUUUGGGGCCCCUUCCACUCUGGCUCCGAGCGGGGCCUCUGCUAACCACCG